GGGUGGCGCGGGAGGAUGCCCUGCUCCUUCACGCAAGGAGCGGCCUUCGUCCCCACGCUGCUGGUGUCCUGGUCUUCGGCCGCCUUCAUCCUCUCCUACGCCAUCGCCGUGCUGUGCGGCCACGUGGAGCCGCUCUUCCCGUAUAUCAGUGACACAGGAGCAAAACCUCCAGAAAGUGGUAUCUUUGGGUUUAUGAUUAAUGUAUCUGCAUUUCUAGGUGCAGCUACAAUGUAUACAAAAUAUUUAAUUGUAAAGAAGCAAAAUGAAGUGACAGAUUUCAUUCCUCCUUAUUUCAAUUUCAUGACAUUAAUUGUUGGUGUGCUAGGUUGUGUUGGAAUGGGCAUCGUUGCAAGUUUUCAGGAGCUAGCAGUACCUGCUGUCCAUGAUGGAGGAGCCCUUGUGGCUUUUCUCUCUGGCGUGGUGUACAUUAUUCUUCAGACUGUCAUCUCUUUCAAGUCGCGUCCUCAGUGGAGCACUCCAUGUAUAUGCCACAUACGACUGGCUCUUUCGAUAAUGUCCUUUGUAGCUGCCAUUCCCAUGAUUGCAUGUGCUUCACUAAUUUCCAUAACAAAAAUAGACUGGAGUCCAGGUGAAAAGGAUUAUGUGUAUCAUAUUGUGAGUGCAAUCUGCGAAUGGAUAGUAGCCUUUGGUUUUGUUUUCUACUUCUUAACGUUCAUCAGAGAGUUUCAGAGAGUUACCGUAAGGAUAUCAACAGAAAUGAAUGAAAGCUUUUGACUACAUUUUAUCAAUUAGGAUAAUAGAAGCUGGA